AUGAUUUUCAAGAGCGCUACCCGGCUAUCAAACAAAGUGUGUGACGUGUUGGUAUCCUUCGGAGUACGCCAAAAUAAAACGACCUUCAUUUCGCAUCCAGGCGUCAUGGCCGUUUCGCAACUGCUAGAAAUGAAACUCAUUACGAGGCCCAGGGCGAAUCUAACCCAAGAAAAUGUGAAUGCCAUGGUUGAGUUCGAUUACGAGCUAGCCAAAAAGGCACAAAUAGCAGUGGAUAAUGAUUUACCAGUGAACUUUUUCGACCUCGAAUAUAUAGACAGACCAGAGUACCUAGCACAGCUCCUGGAAGAAAAAAAAAUUUUAGAACAAGCUAGAGAAGAAGUGUUAAAAAGAGAAAAAGGAAAUUAUAAAACUCCAGAAAUUUUAAAAAAUUAUAAACGAGUUGAAGUUCCAAGAGAAUGGAGACAAGAGCUAGAAAUUGAUGAAAAAAUUUUGAAGGCGCAACCGGGGCUAAAGGAAAAUAUAGAGCUGCAGAAAAUUAUGCAUAACUAUGUGCAGAGUAAAUUUAAAAAUAAGAUUCCUGGACAGGCUCCCAAGAAGCACGUGAAGGGAUGA